ACCCUUCAUCAACACCUUUGUUACAGCAAGAGCACGACGACCUAAGAUUUGUUCCGAUUAAACAAGACCAUUCAAGGCAUCUGUCUAUGUGAACCACAUUAAUACGUGUACUGUAGAGCCACGUGGAGGAGCAGCAGAGAACAGUUAUCUUCCACUAUUCGGCUGAAUGAUCAACCCAUACGGUGUGAUGAGUAACAGUGUCAGGGACAGAGGGUGGCGAUAAAUGGCCCAUGGGCCAGCAUCAUGUGAUCGACCCAAUGUCCACCUGCUCUCCUGUUCCACCCAGCAUCCAGGGAGCCUCAAACGCAAAGAUAGGAGAAGCACUCAACGUACCUGUACUGGAGGCUUUGCCUGUUGGCGAUGGUAUUGGGAAUCGGGGAAUCAGCACGUGAUGCAUGUUUCCAUCAUGGCUUCUCCAGCUGAGGAAGAAAGCCCUGCUGUUCAACAUAGACGCUGUACUGAUGGUCUUUCGUCGCUUGGCCAAGUCCUUUGAGGUGAUCCUGCUGAACAUAUUUCUCUAUGGAUAUAAUGUUGGCCUGGGGCUGAGUGUGCACCUGGUGUACCUGGGCGAGAGUUCACCUAAGAAGCUGAGAGGAUUCCUGACCCUAACUAGCUCCAUCUUCAAUGGCUUCAGGAAGGUCAUGGUCAGAUUGACAGUACCCUUGUUACUUAACCACCUAACUCGUGUCCUGUGGUCCGUUUACCCUUUCAGUGGCCAGCCUCCCGGGUGGCGCAGUGGUGCAGGGCACUGCAUCGCAGCGCUAGCUGUGCCACCAGAGACUGUGGGUUCGCAGAAAGAGGAGAACUUUCAGGGUUCACACCAUUCCGUCAAAUCCCCUUCCGAAUGGAGUGGAGCCUUCUCCACUCCAAAUCGGACCAGCUCAACCUCACCAUCAUGUGCCUUGGAUUACCGUGUCCUGGUCCGGCUGGGCUGA